AUGACGGAAGCACCAGUACCUACAACCUCAGAACCCCCACAGGGGGCCCCCCAGGGGGCCCCCCAAGGGGCCCCUACAGGGGGAGGCCCUCAGGGGUCCCCCCAGGGGUCUUUAGGAUCGUGUAAAGGAGAGCAAGUUGUUGGUGUUGCUGCUGCAUCAACAGAUGUUGGAGAGCGUGAGGGUUUAGGUGCAGCAUCAGCAGCAUCAGCAGCUACUGCUGCUGCUGCUGCUGGUGCUGCAGAUAAAAGAGAAGAAGGAAAUAAUAAUGAUGAGGGUUUAGAUGAAGAAGAAAGAAGAAAGAAAGAAGAAGAAGAAAGAAAACAUUCAGAGGAAAAAGAAAAAGCAAUGCAUGCUUUUUUUGCUGCUGAUGCUGCUGCUCUUGCUGCUGAUCCUGCAGCAGGAUUAGCAGCAAUAGCAGCAGCAAGAGAUAUUAUAGCAGCAGCUAGGAAAGAGCAUCCUAUGCUUGAAGACACAGAAGAAACAGCAGCAACAGCAGCAGCAACAGCAGCAGCAGAAGCAGCAACAACAGCAGCAGAAGCAGCAACAACAGCAGCAGAAGCAGCAACAGCAGCAACAACAACAACAACAACAGCAACAGAUACAUCAACAGAUACAUCAACAGAAUCAUUAGAAGCAUCAGCAGACACAGCAGCAGCAGCAGCAGCAGGAGCAGCAACCGGAGCAACAGCAGCAGGAAAAGAAGGAGUACAUAAAUGUAUAUAUAAUAUAAUACGUGUAGAUAAUAAUAUAUAUUAUAAUGUUAAUAAUAUACAAGAAAGAUUACCUCUUAUUGGUGCUCUUUCUGUUCAUCAACUUU